AUGUCAUCACAUGCCAGCUUUUUGCUGACCGAGGAGCAGUUUCUGUGCGGCAUCUGUCUGGAUAUAUUCACUGAUCCAGUCACGUUAACAUGUGGCCACAACUUCUGCCAAAACUGCAUCACGCAUCACUGGGACAGCAGCACCCAGUGUCAGUGCCCCACGUGUAAAUUUCCUUUCUAUAAAAGGCUUGAUCUGCGGGUAAAUACUUUCAUAUCUGACAUGGCGGCUCAGUUCAGAGAGUCAGCUGGGAGGAGCAGCUCGGAUCAACAAGCUGCCAAACCAGGAGAAGUUCCCUGUGACAUCUGCACUGAAAGCAAAAGAAAAGCUGUGAGGUCCUGUCUGAUGUGUCUGGCCUCCUACUGUGACGCUCACCUGCAGCCACACCUGACAGCUCCACCCCUGAAAAGACAUCAGCUGAUUGAUCCUGUGGAGAACAUGGACGUCAGGGUGUGUACGAUUCACGAUAAACCUCUGGAGCUCUUCUGCAAAACCGACCAGAUCUGUGUGUGCAUGCUGUGCCCGGUUUUAGACCACAGAUCGCAUGAAGUCAUUCCUCUGAAAGAGCAAUUUGAGAAAAAGAAGGCAGAGCUGGGGAAGAGAGAGGCCAAAAUGCACCGGAUGAUCCAGGAGAGACGAUUGAAGAUUCAGGAGAUCAAACGCUCGGCGAAGCUCAGCAAGGAGGCUGCAGACAGAGAGAUGGCAGAUGGGGUUCUGAUCUUCACCAGUUUGAUACAGUCUUUGGAAAGAAACCAGGCGGAGCUCAUCGGGGCGAUUGAAGCCGCACAGAAAAUGACGGAGAAGCAGGCCAAAGGCUUCAUCCAAGAGCUGGAGAAGGAAAUCUCUGAGUUGAUCAGGAAACAUGCUGAGAUGGAGCAGCUCUCACGCUCCCAUGACCACCUCCACUUCCUGGAAAGCUUUGCGUCCCUGAAUGCCUCUGCACCCACCAAGGACUGGAAAGAAGUCUGCAUCGAUCAGCCAUCUUUUGAGGGGGCUGUGAGGACUGCUGUCGAUCAACUAGAGGAGACCCUCAGUGAAGAGAUGAAGAAGCUGCUCCGAGAGGCCGAUCUGAACAGCUUCAAGCUGUUCGCCGUGGAUGUGACUCUGGAUCCUGAUACAGCACACUGUGCUCUCAUCCUGUCUGAUGAUUGCAAACAAGUGCAUCACGGUGAUGUGAAGAAGAAUCUGCCAGAGAAUCCAAACAGGUUCAAUCUUAGUUGCUGUAUCUUGGGAAAACAGAGUUUCUCUUCUGGAAGAUUUUACUUUGAGGCUCAAGUUAAAAAGAAGACUAGAUGGACUUUAGGAGUCGCCAAAGGGUCGAUCAAAAGAAAGGGAAUAAUCCCACUGUGCCCAGACAACGGCCACUGGACCAUAUGGUUGAAAAAUGGAGAAGAAUACGCAGCUCUUGUCGGCUCUCCUCUUCCUCUCUCUCUAAGUUCAAAGCCACAGAAGGUGGGAGUGUUCGUGGACUACGAGGAGGGUCUGGUCUCCUUCUAUGACGUAGACACUGCAGCACUCAUCUACUCCUUCACUGGCUGCUCCUUCACCGAGAAACUCUACCCAUUCAUCAGUCCUGGUCUCUAUGAUGAUUGCAUCAAUUCCGCCCCUGUUAUCAUUUCUAGCAUCGAUCGCAGUGCUUCUUUAAAAAGAUGA